AUGCGAGUAAAAUAUUUAUCACGUUAUUAUCGCAGUUAACUGUUAGCGUGUUACUAAAUAAAAUAAAGAGACUGUGUACAUCGACGAUGACGUCAUUCCGAGCUCCAUAAAAGAAUGUCGAACGCAGCAGAGAGUCGGAGGUGGUGAGUUCGUGUAGGACAUGUAAGGUGGACCAGCGGACUCACAGGUUCAUCCGGGGAACAGAACCCGGAAGUGCUGUGGAACCGGUUGGACAGUCAGCAAAGUUUAAGCGAGAGUUCCACAGUGUUCAGAGGAUACACACCUGGGCGCGUGCCCUCAGAAAGUCACGUGGAGGAGAUUUGAGGAAGUUUGCUCAAAUGGGAAAUUCAGUGGGGCAGAACAGCUUGGGAAUUCCUCAAGGAAAAGGACCACACCAGGUGGGAUGCACAGACCUAAUGGUGGGACACACAGUACAGGGAAGCUUCUUUAGACUUUACUAUCCAUGCCAAACUUCAGAGGGUUCGGAAGAACCGAACUGGAUCCCGUGCAGAGAAUAUUUCAAUGGCCUUGCUGACUUCAUGAAAAUGAGCCGAGCACUGAGCGAAAGAAUUUUUAACUACCUCUUUGGGUCUUACAAAAUCCCUGCCGCAUGGAAUGCCUCUUUUAAAACAGAGGGAAAAUACCCAGUAGUCAUUUUCUCCCAUGGUCUAGGAGCAUUCAGGACAUUGUAUUCAGCAAUAUGUGUGGAGUUGGCCUCACAGGGCUUUAUUGUAGCUGCAGUGGAGCACAGAGACGAAUCAGCAUCAUCAACCUUCUACUAUAAAGAAAACAGCAAAACAAAACAAUGCCAUCAUGCAUCAAAGAAAGCAUUCAAGCCUGUGUCAGAUAACCUGGUGGAGGAGUGGAUGUACUACAGACCACUGAAAACAGGCGAGAAUGAAUUCCUUCUAAGAAACAAUCAAGUGAAGCAAAGAGCAGAUGAGUGCAUCAGAGCGCUGGAGCUUCUUAUCGACAUUAAUUCAGGAAAUUCUGUGGAAAAUACUUUACAGUCUGAAUUUGACUGGUCAAAAUUAAAGAACAGUAUGGACUUGUGUAGGAUCGCAGUCAUGGGCCAUUCCUUUGGUGGAGCCACAGUUAUCGAGUGUUUGUGUAAAGAAGUCAAAUUCAAGUGUGGUGUUGCCUUGGACACCUGGAUGCUUCCUCUGAAUGAAGAAAUCUUUCAGGAUGUGAAACAACCCAUUUUUUUCAUCAACUCUGAGAAGUUCCAGUGGGCUGAGAAUAUUAUCCGCAUGAAGAAAUUAGACUCUGCUGUCAUUCCAAGAAAAAUGAUCACCAUCAUGGGAGCUGUGCAUCAGAGCUUCCCAGAUUUCACCUUUCUCACAGGUAACUGGAUUGGAAAGAUGCUGAAGCUGAAGGGAGAAAUUGAUCCUCACAUAGCAAUGGAUUUGUGCAAAAAAGCUUCAUUAGCAUUCCUUCAACGACACUUAUCUCUGGAGAGAGACUUCAAUCAGUGGGAUCAUUUAAUUGAUGGAAAAGAUGACCACCUAAUUCCAGGGACCAACGUCACUCUGCUUCAAUCCUCGAUCUAAUCAUUUGUUCAAAAAAAGAAAACACUAUAUCCACAACCACUCUGUAAGCUUCAUAUUCUUGUUGCUAAGUAGCAAACACACACAGAAGAGUUUAAUCUCUACAUGUCACGGUGCUAAAUUAAAUUUAUAUUAUGGAGCUGAAUUUUGACCAUUGUGUAUGAAAACCCAUCAGGUUGGGAUAUGUAAAUCAUAACUAUUUUAAUUAUGAUUUCUUAUAUUGUAAGUGGCAGCUGAUCCAGCACUGUGUUUCUGCAGCCGUGUUAAAUCGCAUUAAUCUUCCUCCCACUGGAUAUUAAUCUCUCUGACGCUGCUGUUAUGCAGAAUAAAGCCUUCACAUUUAGA